UCGAGAUAAGUCUGUACUGUUUUGAUUACAGGGAACACAACGUUGCAAUGGACAGUACUCAGUCAAUUCCUAAUGAAGAAAUCCAUGAUUUGAAAGAAGGGCUCGGUGAUGGACUUGUCAAGGCAAUAAAGCAACUUCAGGAAGGAAUGAAUGGACUUCAAAAACACCAGAAGAUAACAAACAGUACGUUACAGCAAUUUCUAGAGCAAAUAAACGUGAUCACAUCUUUACCAAAGAAUCGUCGUGUAAUUGGUGGAGUAUUAUUGGUGGGUGGCGGAGUUCUCCUGUUCACGGCUUAUAUGAUAAAAAAUAGAUUACAAAACAAAAGCCUCGAAGAUAAGCCUAGAAGUCUACCAAUGCAUCCCUCUGCUGAACCUGUACAGAUUUUGCUUCCUGAACCAUGGCGUAAAAUCCAUCCAACAGAGACAGACAUUCCAAAGAUCAAAGAGUUCUACCGGAGAAAAAUAGUUGACAUCUGCCAUGAUAAAGGCAUGAAGCUCAAUAUUCUACUUCUGGGUGAAGGUGCGAGUGGAAAGUCUUCCUUCAUUAACUCCUGUCAAACUGCUUUAGGACAAAGUGGUAGUAUUUCUCAAAUAGCAACUGUUUUGGAUGGAAGUUCGGACUCUGUAACGAAACAUUUAGAAGUACAUGGCAUGCAAGUCAAGGAUGACGGUGGACAGGAACAUAUACCUGUCCGACUUUUUGACUGUCGAGGACUAUUGGAUGAAAAAAGAGGAGUACAGACGCAGGAUAUCAUAAACAUUUGUGAUGGUCACGUAAAAGACAAGUAUGAGAUACGACCUGACACUCCUAUUAAUAUCAGCGACCCAAAAUACCGAGAGAAAUCAAGAAAGAAGGACAAAAUACAUUGUAUUGUUUACGUUAUGGAUGCUCAAAAUCAGAAUGGAGACAACUUUGUAGGGCAAAAGGUUAGAGACCAAUUUGAGGAAGUCAAGCGAUAUCUAUCAAGAUCCGGUAACCCUCAGUUGACACUCCUGACAAAGAUUGACCGACUUGGUAUUAGACAUAUGGACAAGAUUUUCUACGAUCAAAGAGUCAAGGAGUGCUGCGAAAUGGCAUCUUCCUUCCUUGGAUUUUCUCUGGGCUGUGUGUUACCCCAGGCCAACUACUGCGAGGAGGUCAUCCCUUCUGUAGAGAAAGAUUUGAUAACCUUAUUCAACAUAUGGAAAAUUAUGGAAAGUGCAAAAAGUUACGUACAAAAGACAUCUGCUAUGACUGAAAGCGUUCCUAUGUAAAAACGAACGAGAAAACCAUUAGUUGCACUUGACAUACUUCUGAUACAAUAAUCAGUGAUUUUUUUUUUAUCUCAUGACCAUUUCAUGCUAGAUAAUAAAAUGCAACUUUGAGAAA